ACAUUAGUUAAACAUGAACAGAACCAGACAUAGUAAAAUUAAAGGCAGGCAUUGUAAUGUUAUUAUAAUACACUACAGUACUAUCAUACUAUCAAUGUUUUGGUUUUUUUUUCUAUUGCUGUGUACAUUUGAAUGCAUGACUGACUGCUGAUGGUGAGAGUGCAGUGUAAAGAUUUUUUUUCCAGUUCGGUUUUGGGCAGCCUCCUUCAGUUGGUCCCAAGUGGCAAGCUGAUAAAAUACUAAAAACCCAGCUGACUACACAACUACUGAUAAUGGAAUGGACAACUAAAGAUUACAUCAUGGCGUUCACUAACCAAAUUUUUGUGUAAACUGAAGCUGUUUGAAUUUAUUCGCAACAGAACUUUGAAACCAGCCUUUCCUUUGAUUGCAUUCAUUCCCGAUGCUCUCUAACGACUACAUCAGAUAUGUUAGCCAUAGUUUGCCCACCCCUGCUCAAAAUAUUGUGACGUUACCAGCAUCAAGACUGCAGACAGGUGCAUAAGAUGCUUGUACAACAGCACUAGUCUAAAAAAUACAACUGGACUACAGGCAUAAAUAAAAGGCAUUAGCAGAGAAGGGUUGCGGCUUCAGUAUGGUGUAGGGCAGACCUGGGCAAAGGCCAACCCGCCUCCUGUCUCUGACCGGCCCGCCCGCCAGGAUAUAUACUAUAUAUACAGUUUUGGGUAAAACUGAGUUAACUAUAUUAGUCCGGCCCUCUAAAACCAUCCCAAUUUCUCAUGCGGCCCCUUGGGUAAAUUAAUGCCCCACCCCUGGUGUAGGGAUGAUAGCAUGUUUGUAUAUCCUGCUUUGCUUUGUUAAUAUUAUGCUUAAAUCUCCAUCACGUCAAAAUGAUGAAGUCAAUAAAGAGAUCAAAUGAAAAAAACAGAUUGUUGUUGUUGUUUUUUUUUUACUUGGGGCUAGUGAAUGGGAAGGCAGAGGGGUUAAAGGCGUCCUUAACACUGACCAUAACAACAAGGCACUGUAAACGUGACGUAGAGGGAGAUUAUUAUUAUUAGCCAAUGGACUGUCGUGUUCUAUAUUUUCGCAGUGCGGCCACAGAGAUCACUACUUUUGCACCAACAUUAUCUCAUUAAUUACGACAGUCUUAAGCAAGUUCAUGUAUCUAGUUAGAAAUGAUGAGUGAAUCUGAUAUACGUUUAGAAUAACCCUGGGACAAAACUUCAACUAGCAUGGAGAGGAGUCAACUGAUCAGUAUGAUCCCACAUUUCAGAACAAAGAGCAAGACGAACACUGGCAUGAUGAUGGCUCCAACAGUUUUGAUGCAGCCCAAAGUAUGGUCCACCAUAGUGGAGAAACCAUGCAAGCACCAUGGAAGCGCCUACUCAAGACCAAACCUACACAGGCAGCAUCCAAGAAUAUAUGCCUGCAAGAAACAUUCAGUACAGCUAGUGACCUUGAAACACCACAUUUUCCAUGAUUCACAUCUUAUUACAAAGGAUAGGCUUUCGGGGUUUGCAGAAAAAAGAAGAAGAGAUACAUUUGAUGAGAGGGAGACAGCCAGGGCAGCAAAAGAGAAAAGGACAGAACUGAUAAAUGACAGCAUAGGCAGCAGACUUACACUUGAAAAUAAAAAAAUUGACAUGGAACUUGAACUUAUGGAAGUGAAACUGCAAGCUGCAAGAAAACAGCAUGAAAUGGAGGUGGAACUACUUAAAAUCAAAACAGAGUGCUCCAGACUGAAACAUAUGAAACUGUAUUAUGAAGUUCGCAAGCUGGAAAAAGAACUGGGUGUGCCUGGGGAAACUGGUGUGAACACUUUGACCUCCACCAUCCCAGUUAUAGAUGCUUUAGAAGUCAAUCAGACACAUAAGGUUUAUUCAUAGUAACAUUAAGCCUAUGGUACAGGGUCCACUUAAACAGGACUUUUUUGUAUGUAAGUCAGGGAAAAUUGUUUUUCUGUAUCGAAAAACUUCCUCUGGCACAAGCAGUUACAAGACAGCCACAGACGGUUGCUGAAAAGUUUCUUUAUGGAUUUUUAUGGUAUUUAUGCACACUGCUUUUGUCAGUCUCUAAACUAAAGGAUGGCUAUAAAGUUUCUCCUCAUUCUGUCUUCGUCCAACUAAAUUUAUCAAAUCCAAAAAAGCAAUUCCCCAUCAUUUUGAUUUAUGGAGUUCUAGUCUUGAACGUUUGUUCAUGUAAGGAACAGUCUAAAUAGUGCAUAUUUUAAUCUUGAUAGUUGCUUUUCCAAACCAUCUAACAUGCAAUGCUUGUAAUGUCAUACUAUGGCAGAUUUUCCACAGAUUAUGGAAUGUGGUUUUCCUGUAUCAUAUAGAAACUGUGUCCAUGCAUAUUUAAAUUUAUUAAACAGUGGCAUCAUACAUAAAAUUUUGAUGAGCAUAGGGCAUUUUCAAAUUGUGCCAUAUAUUUGGUUUUGGUUGUUUUUUUUUGGUUUUUUUUUUUUUGUGUUUUUCUGCUUGUUAAUCUUUUUUUUUAUGCAUAGCAGUUGCUGAAAUGCUAUUCGGAAAGAUUGUGCCUGUAUUAUUUUUUUCACCUAGUCCAUUUUUGAGAUAGUAAUGGAUCCUGUGUUAAUGUUUUCACAUCAAGGUGCACAAAUAGACACAGAUAAAAAAGUUAAACAUCUGUGUCUAUUGUAACACCAUAGAUCACUCUGUUGGGCAAGUACAGAUUCUCAGGAACAUUCACACUAAUUCUCUCAAAAUACUUUAAUAAAAAAUUCCAAGAUUAAUCA